CUGAGAGAGACAAAAGCCUGCGUGCAGCGUGGAGAGCGCGAGCUGGUGAACGCGGUCCGUGAACGCAUCUGGAAGUUGUCGCAGUGUUUUUCAUGUUGCCCACCGAGAUUCCGGGAGUGUGUUUCACCUCAAGGGACCACACCGAGCCAAGCAGGGAAGGCAUGAAAACGGAGGAGAGCCAACAGUCGUGUCUGCAGCAGCCUCCAUCUUCAACCCCUUUUGUCGGUCCGGAGUACUCUGGUGCCGGAGGAGGGGGCGAGGUGUGCGCGGGCUGCUCGUCCCCGAUCGCCGACCGCUUCCUGCUGCGCGUGAACGAGCGCUCGUGGCACGAGUCGUGCGUCAAGUGCGCCGUGUGCUUGAGCGCGCUCACGGGGACCUGCUACUGCCGGGACCGGCUGCUCUACUGCAAGCCGGACUACGAGAAACUGUUUGUGAGGAAGUGCAGCGCCUGCCUGCAGGUGAUUGGCCGCUCCGAGCUGAUCAUGCGCGUGCUGGGCCAGGUGUACCACCUGGGCUGCUUCAGCUGCUGCGAGUGCGAACGCCGGCUGCAGCGGGGCGACGAGUUUGUGCUAAAGGAAGGCCAGCUGCUGUGCCGCAUGGACUACGAGAAGGAGCGGGAGAUGCUCGCCGCCAUCAGUCCCACACCCACGGAAUCGGUGAAAAGCGAGGACGAGGACGGCGGCGGGGGCCCGGGCGGGGGCAAAGGCGGCGACGAGGGCAAGGAGCACAAGCGCUCCAAACGCCCCCGCACCAUCUUGACCACGCAGCAGCGGCGCGCGUUCAAAGCGUCCUUCGAAGUGUCGGCCAAGCCCUGCCGCAAGGUGAGAGAGACGCUGGCUGCCGAGACGGGCCUCACGGUGCGGGUGGUGCAAGUGUGGUUUCAAAACCAAAGGGCUAAGAUGAAGAAGAUCGCUCGGAGACAGCAGCAACAACAGCAACAGCAGCAGGAACAGGAACAGCUAGGAGGGGGCAGGAGGGGCGGCGGUCGAGGGGGUCGCCAAAGCAACGACGACAGCGAGGACGGCUCCAGCGGUCACGGCAUGGACGGCAUGCUGGGAUUCCCCUCUCUGCCUCGACAGCAGCUGCUCACCCUGGACCCCAACAUCUAUGGCGGGGAACCCUUCCGACACGGCCUGACCCCGCCUCAGCUCAGCAGCGAGCAGCUCCACCCGUACGAAUCCGAGACGGUGUUCCACGACCUGGACAGCGACGGCAGCCUGGGCCACCUGGGCGACUGCCUCCUCGCAGCCGGCGAGGGCGGACUCCUGGCCGCGCGGGUGGGGAACCCCAUCGACCGCCUCUAUUCCAUGCAAAACUCCUACUUCACCUCGUGACCUUUACGAACGCUGGCCCUUUGCGAUUCCACCUCUCGGCUCAAGAGACGCAGCCAGUACGGAGUUUGUCCGUCUACUUGCCUGCGUUACACUCAAGUAGGAAGGGUGGGGGGGGGGGCGAAAAAAUGCAUCCAAAUACUCAACCAAACAAAGUCAAUACACUGGUUGGCACGUUUUUUCCCCAUCAACCUCCUCUCUGCCUAUGACGAGAGUCACGUCGAGACACUGGAUAUGUGAGAGAUGUGCUCAAGCACCUCCUUUGUGAUAUUUAUGUCAUUUUUCAUACAAAAUAGCACUUUUAAACAAAAGACAAAAAAAAAAAAAGCAAAACAUACUAAGUAUAAACAAUGGAUGUAAAAAGGCUACAAACCACUGUUCAAAUGCCAGGUUUUAGUUAUAUAAAAUAAAUAAGAGAGAAAAAUCAUUUAAAAACGUGUUCGCUUAUUACUGACCUAUAACACAAAAGGAAUUUUAAAUGGUGGCACAUUUGUGCUGACUCCUAUUUAACAUGAGUUUGAAUGUGAUUGUUAUUCUGAAGGUGUGCACACUUCUGCAACCACAUUAUCUGGUGUGUAUUUUAACUUCCACUCUCUAAAAGGUGUUUUUUUUAAUUAAUGGUAAAAAGGUUUAGAAAUGAUUUAUCUUGGUCUUUUUUUUUUAUUAUUUCACAAAAUUAAGCGUUUGAACAGGGGUGUGUAGACUUUUUCCAUCCAUUGUACAUCACAUACGACAAAGGGUUUAGUUCAAAGGGAAGGCACCGGUCCAAACGGAUCUAAUCUGAAUUCACAGCGAGAGAUUAUGAUUGGGUAACGCGGUCGACACAAGACUUUAAUUACUGGAGUACGGUUUUGCUCUCAGGUUAGUGUGUGUGUAUUUUACCUGAGAUGUAACUCAGGAUUAUUACGCUGGAUUAGGAUUAGAUGUAACCGAUUAUUUAUAGAUGUGAAGGAGUCACGUUUUUGAAGCAACCCUCCAUAACGAAACUUUCAUUUCCAAAACAUGACAGUGGAACCCCCCAAAAAGCGGCACAAUGUGGAAUUUAAUUCAAACGAAAAGUUGCGUGACAGCCAUUGAGACAUCGACAAAACCACAGAAAAAUGUGAAGUCAGAACGAAAACUGGAAUUUCUACGACAAAGGGAAACAUCCACCAGCUCAAUUCAAAACAAUUCAUUGAAAGAACUUGUAAAUUCAUAAAUUAAUAUUUGUUUGAAUAUCACUGCAGAAAACAUGCAUAGACUAAAAUCGAUGCAGCACCCACUUGUAGAGAUUUAACCUUGAACAGUUUUUCAUUAUUUCUCUGCUCCACAUCUUUUAAGCAGCGACGUGUGACGCACUUUGGAGUCCGGCAUGAGUUGCCCCUCUCAAACUAUCCUUAAUUCAUCCAUUUUCUUUGCCGCUUAUCCUCACAAAGGUCGCGGGGAGUCCAGGAGCCUACGCCAGCUGUCAAUGGUACACCCCGAAUUGGUUGCCAGCCAAUCGCAGGGCACAUCGAGACAAACAACCGCACUCACGAUCACACCUAGGGGCAAUUUAGAGUGUCCAAUUAAUGUUGCAUGUUUUUGGAAUGUGGGAGGAAACUGGAGUGCCCAGAAAAAACCCACGCAGGCAUGGGGAGAACAUGCAAACGCCACACAGGCGGGGCCGGAAUCGAACCCGGGCCCUCAGAACUGUGAGGCCAACGCUUUAUCAGCCAUCCUUAAUUCACAUCAGCACAAAAGCUCGAUUUUUACCGUCAGUGUGCGGACUGGAGCGUUGCACAGGUGUGAUCGGUUGAGAGCGACUCGUCGUCCGCUGUGAGUGCGCGCACAGCAAGCAGAGAAAGAUGGAGAACUACGAGGAAGGAAUAUUUACAUGUUUUUUUUAAAGACAAAUUUGGCAGCCAGCAUGCAUCGUGCUAGCAUGCCCAUUUUUAAAUUAUUCAAAUUUGGCAGGGUUAAUUACAGUUUAUUAUUUAUGUAUUCCGGGGACCAAGCACCAUUGGUUGACAGCUUCCCUCGGCUCCAUUUCGUCUCUAAGGGUUUUACUUUAUUUUACUUUUGUGUAACUUUUACUGUGAUGACCUGUUUUUAUACUCACAACAAUUACAACGGCAAAAUGCUACUUCAAAUUUUCAGGCAGUCCAUAAAGCUUUUAUUAUGAUUCAUGCGUUCAGAACGGUUUGUGUUCCGCUUUGGGGGUUCCACGGUAUUUUAUUUUAUUAGCGUGACUAGCUUAUUACAGACCAAAUAAAUAACUACCGUAAUUUCCGGCCUACAAGCCGCAACUUUUUUUCACACGCUUUCAACCCUGCGGUUUAUGCGGCCAUGCGGCUAAUUUGUGCAUUUUUUUUUCUAACGGCCGCAAGGGGGGGCACUCGAGCGGAAAAGGUAAGAGUGAGACCGGUGGAAUAUAUGUGCUGAGGAAGUGACUUUUACCGGCCCGGCCCUUUCCGGCCCUGUUAGUGCUGCGCUAGCGCUGUGCUAGCGUACUGCUGCUCUGUUUCUGGCGUGUCUCAAUGAUAUUUACCGGUAAGUUUUAUUUUAACCGGCCUUGUUAGCGUGGCGCUAACAUUAGCAUUAUCUUUAGCAUGGUGCUGGCGUUAGCACUAGCAUUCGCGCGGAGCGCUAGCGUUAAAUUCUUUCUGUGUACCGUCUUUCUUUGUAAAUAUCUCGCGUUUCAAUGUGGGCACUUGCGGCUUUUCCACAGCUGCGGCGUAUGUACGUACCAAAUGGUAUUUCCUUUCCAAAUGUGCUGGGUGAGGCUUGUAGCCAGGUGCGCUCUGUAGGCCGGGAAUUACGGUAACUAAAUAAAUCCUUUUUUUUUUUUAACUACUUUUCAAUAUUUUUCCGUUGGGACACCACGACAGGGUGAUUUUUUUACAGAACCUUAUUCGGAGACAGGGUUUUACUAUUGACUUUUUUGAUUUUAUAAUUAAAUCAUCGAGACGUAAGCAAGCGCCAACGACGGUCGUCUGACACUGGGUACGUAACACUGAGCUUCGAAUGUAAAUGCGUGACUGUUGAAUAUUAUUGUCGUAGUUUCUUUCCAUAUGUAUUUAUUUCUCUCGGCUCCAAUUAGAUAGCACUAGGUAGAUAUUUUGUACCUUCUUCUGUGAUGAACAACGGCAUUCUGCGAGACCACAGCAUGAUUAUUUAUCACGGCGUGGGUUAUAACACAUAGCCUUCAGGCAAAGCAGUGCAAUUUAAAAUCAAAUCAAAUAAAAAAAUGUAAAAAAAAUAGGACUAGCGGUGCUUCUAGCUGCUCCGGCUUGUAAGAGCGACUCUUUCAACAACAUGUUUGACAGAUGCACAUUUCUACGGUGAUAUUUUUGUGAGGGUAACUUAUUUGUGCCGUGUUUGCAAUCUUCUGUUGAGUGGCUACCAAGGUGACGUGCUUUGAAUGUAUAAUGUCGCUGUAUGCUCAAAUACAGUCUGCAGUUUCAACCUCA